UGCCGUCAUUGGUACAACAUCGCAGUCUCCUCUCCGGUGCUAUGGACCGAAAUAACGCUCGAAAUACCACUUCAAAUCAUCGAGAUACACCUGCGCCGGUCCCGCGGAGCUGGCCUCUCACUUGAUACGCGGGUCAUCAAAGCAAGUACUCCUCAAGUCCUUGUGGAUUUCUCUCUCCGCAUCUCGACCGAAUCACGCACCCGGCUACACGUAGCUUCGAUCCCUACGUCGAGCACCCCAUGACAUCCCUGUCUUCCUUGACCAUGAACGAUAUUCCUGUAUCGCCGCGCAGCUCUUCCGAGUCGCCCUCCCAUUCUCCGGCCCCCUGUAUACAUGGUGACCGCCUCCCAAACCUGAGGUCGCUGAAAUUCGUCAGGACGAAAGCAAGUAUCGUCGAUGCGCAUAAUCUGACGUCGCUCGUACUCGAUCGGAUGUCCAAGUCGUACGACACCUGGAACGAACUAUUCGAUACGCUCAGUGGCUGUCCAGCUUUGAAAUAUCUCGACAUUGUCGACUUUGAUGCCGACUCAAUGGCUGUUACUGGACCUGCCGAUUUUCAAAUAAUAGAGUUGCGGCACCUCCACACACUCACCCUCACGGAGUUUGAGGGGCAUACGAGUCUAGCCUUCUUCCUUGCACAUCUCUCCCUUCCGCGUACAGCCACGAUCGACAUUACCACCCGGAAGGAGCCAGGCUUAUACUUUCAUCACGUCACGGUCUACAACGAUGAUAGUCUCAACCCGAGCGUCACAGUAUUUGCCGAUGCUGUUCCCCGUGACAAGAUCCUUCUUCCCAUGUUUUCGGCGAUACGAAGCAUCAAAGUUAAAACCAAAAACUGUCGACUCGAAGUCGAGGGAUUCACGUCGACAGAGCCAUGUCCUAGUGCCUUGUCAGUCGACCUGUACUGUGACCUAGGCAAUCUAUACAACAUGAGAUCCGUCCAAAGGCGAAUUGUACUCGAGCUAGGAACACUGUCCCCCCCUCUGUGACGACAAUCCGCCUAUACAUCAAUGGCGAUGAUUGCUACGACUCGCAUGUGCCGUACAAUAGUAACCAAGGCUUGUCAUGGGAGG